GUAACCUGCUAGUCUCUCAUCCCCCAGGAGUGGAAUGUGGAAGGAGGAACCCAAAUACUUGGACAGGAAACGUCCCUCCUGCCUUGAAGGCUGAGACACUUUGGAGGAAAGAUGCCAAGACGGAUAGAAAGACAUUGAGAGAUACCUUGAUUAAAAUGUUUGAAAAAGUUCAGACUGAUAAUUAUACAUGAAAAACUAGUGUUUUGUGAAAGCUACAAGGUAGAAAUGGAGAAUUUCACUGCUGUAGGCUCAGCUGUAAGAUGUGGGUUCAGAAAGGAUGUCAAUCUUCAGUUCUGAAUUCCAUUAAUUCCCUGGAAAAGGUAGCUCUAUAUUCAGUUAAUUGACAAUAGAAAUUGACAUCAAGAAACUUUCUAUGUAACCUCAUGACUUUUUCUUCUGGAUCUCAGCUUGUUCUCCAAGUUGAAAUAGAUGACUUCUAUGAUCCCUUCCAGGCACAAACCUCAGUUUUCUGAGCCCAGUCCCACUCCGAACAGGUUUGUAUUUCACAAACUCUUGCUACAUACCUGGACUCAGUUCUACAGGGUUCAGAGUCCAUCUUGCUCAGAAGCAUUUCAGAGGAUAGAUUUCAGGAGCACGUUGCAUUUUCAUAGAGCCUUUCAAAAUUAGUUUGGUUGGGGCAUCAGGGCAUUUUAGAAUGAUUAUCUCACUUCAUGGACUGUGAAAUGGAGGCAGAGUCAGCUCUGACCCUGUGGAGGAUGGCCUUUCUUGUGUUUUCCUGUCCAUCUUGCUGGACUGGCCAAGAGCAGGAUGUGAGGAGAAUCAUCCAGGCCCUCAAUGAGUGCCUUGCUGCUCUUCCCCGGCAGCAGCUGCGGAAGGUCUGCGGCAUCGGAGUGUCAGGACAGAUGCAUGGAGUCAUGUUUUGGAAGACAGGCCAAGGCUGUGAAUGGACAGAGGGAGGGGCCGCCCCUGUGUUCGAGCCCCGAGCUGUGAGCCAGCUGGUCACGUGGCAGGAUGGCCGGUGUAGCAGCAAGUUCCUGGCUUCUCUGCCCCAACCAGAGUCCCACCUCAGUGUGGCCACGGGGUUUGGCUGUGCAACUAUCUUCUGGCUUUUGAAAAACAGCCCAGAGUCCCUGAAGUCCUACGAUGUAGCUGGCACCAUCCAUGACUAUGUGGUUGCCAUGCUGUGUGGCUUGACAAGACCCCUGAUGUCCGACCAGAAUGCUGCUAGCUGGGGAUAUUUCAACACCAGGAGCCAAAGCUGGAACUUAGAGAUACUGAGGGCCGCAGGCUUUCCCGUCCACCUGCUCCCAGACAUCGCCGAGCCCGGCAGCAUGGCAGGUAGAACUUCGUGUGCGUGGUUUGAAAUCCCAAAGGGGACGCCGGUGGGCGUGGCCUUGGGUGAUUUGCAGGCCUCUGUCUAUUCCUGUAUGGCCCAGAGGACGGACGCAGUUCUCAACAUCAGCACCUCAGUUCAGCUGGUGGCCUCCAUGCCUUCAGGAUUCCAGCCAGCGCAGACUCCAGACCCCACGGCUCCGGUCGCCUACUUUCCGUACUUCCACAGGACCUACCUGGCGGUGGCAGCGUCACUCAACGGGGGCAACGUGCUGGCCACGUUCGUCCACAUGCUUGUCCAGUGGAUGGCGGAUCUAGGCCUGGAGGUUGAAGAAUCCACUGUAUACUCACGCAUGAUCCAGGCAGCUGCACAGCAGAGAGACACGUGCCUAACCAUCACUCCAACGGUGCUGGGCGAGAGGCACCUGCCGGACCAGCUGGCCUCAGUGACCAGAAUCUCCUCCUCUGACCUCUCCCUGGGUCACGUGACCCGGGCCCUGUGCAGAGGCAUUAUUCAGAACUUGCACUCAAUGCUUCCGUUUCAGCAGCUCCGAGAGUGGGGUGUGGAACGGGUGAUCGGCAGUGGGAGUGCGCUGUCCAGGAAUGAGGUGCUGAAGCAGGAGGUGCAGAGGGCUUUCCCUUUCCCAGUGUCCUAUGGCCAGGAUGUAGACGCAGCUGUGGGGGCAGCUCUGGUCAUGCUCCAGAGAAACUUUAACCAGCAGGAGUCCUAGCACACUUGUUGGCUAAAGGACUGUUGCAAAUUUUAUCUAACUAACAUUCCUGACAUGAUCUUGGGGCCAUCCUUUUCCUGGACAGCUCUGUGGCGAGCUUUUAAAUGAUGCUUGUUCUCAAGGCAUCAUUUUGACCAAGAACCAGCCUUCAGGAAACACUCUAGUAAUGCAGCUAGGAGUCACCAACUAGAUCCCAAAUAAGUUCCUUCUGAAAGAAACUCACCUGGGAGCUGGUUGCAAAUGUAAAGGUGGAAAAAAGAAAGAGAGAGGAAGAGAGAAAGAAAACAGAACAGCAGCCCAGCAUCCUGGUUGGCAGGGUCACCUGUGAGUCACGUGUAGACAAAGAAAAUAAAUGUGAACUUCAGACACCAAAAAAAGUUUGGUGGAUAUAGGCUCCAAGAAAGAACAGAAGACCCACCCCCACCCUAUGUCCAGCUUUUGGAUUUUUUUUUUUUUAAGGACAUGAAGCCCAGAUUUGGGUCACAUGCAAUGUUGGAAAAGUCUUCCCUACUGGAUUGUACCUCAUGACCCUGAGGCUCCUUUCCCAAUCUCGUUCUUCCCUGGCCACAGCUGGUUAGCUGGGGCAGGAGGAGACUCAAGGACAGUGAGGCAGGCUGGCUAAGAUGAAGUUGCAGGGGUCUGUGCUGGCCUUCUCACCACGUCCUUCCCCUCCAAGGAGAGCCUGCUGCACUGGGGCUGCCCCAGAUGCUCACGACACAGCUGGUUUGAAGAUAUGGAACAGGGAAGAAAAGGUGGACAGCAUGACCAGCAAGGGGGACAAGUGCUGUGUGGCCCUGCCUUUCAGGCACCAGCAGGACCCUCUUCCAGGAGUGUGUUGUGCAAGUGUGUUUUAAUCCCUGCACAUCCCUGGGAAGCCUUCCAAGGGAAGGGAUGCAGCCGGGCAUAUUCCUAUCAGAGAGAACCCCUUGUCCAGCAGGCCCCAGCUCUCCUUUCUCUUGGUGUGGGCCUGGCUGGCCCACCAUCUGUUCCUGGCUCAUAGAAGCAUUCCACUGGAGUUGACAUCUCUGCAGGGAUCCCAGAGCAACUUAAAUCUACCUGUGCUUGAUAGGAUGACUGUGGAAUGGCUUUCAGUAGAGAGCCAUCAUCACUGCAUCUGCUUCCACUCUCCCAAGGGUGAUCCCAGGUGCCUGAUUCUGAGGUCCACGGGCAGCGAUGAAUUUGGGGAGCAGUCACAUCUCUGUGUAGUUGCCACUCUAUGAGUUAUGUGAUUGUCCAAAACUCUUAGGUUAAUCUGCCUGGCUGUGCUGAUUGAAUUUCAGAUACUAAAGCUCAUUCUUCCACAGCCUUUUCCCUUUAAUAAAACACACCUCUCUGCUUUGGGAAGACUGGCACUGCAACAGAGCUGGGUUUGGGAGGUUGGAUGUAGCCCUGGGGAUCAUUUGUAGGUUGUCCCUUGAAAGAGCCCUGCCUGCCCCAUGGUUCUUCUGGGACAAGUGGCUGCAGAUCACUCAGGAAAGUCAUGCGAUUUUUCCCUCAGCCAGAAUGAGUUGACACCCUCAUUUUGAGAGGAAGACACCUUGGGAUGGGCAGCAGGAUGGCAGAGAGCGCAGUCCGUCAGGAGGAGCUGGCUCCCUGACUUCAGGGAGGCAGCCUGUCUUGCAUUCCCAGGAUGCUGCAGGUGGAGUCUGUAAAUAAAAGAGUUGGAGCUGGAUGGGUGUCCUGCAAACCCAGGCACCCUGGCCCAGUGCCCAGCAUGGCCCCGGCACUCUGUCCCCUUUCCGCAUGUCCACUCCACCUCUGAGGCUGAGCCUGGCACAUCCAAGCUUGUCAGCUAGCAGUCCUGCUGCCGUUUCUAAGGCACAUGGCCCUGAGCACAACUGCCAGGGCCUCAUUUCUCCAGCCUGAAGUCACAGGCCACCCACGGCUUCUGCUUUCAUUCCCGGGAGGUACCAGAAAGUGGGACCAGCCUGAUCCAGAUAAAGAACUGGGCCUUUAGGGCUGUCUGCCAACAUCCUGGUCUUAAAGCACGUGGAGGCUUGCGUUUUCCCACCUGAUUUAGUUCGGCCAGUAAAAUGUGAACAGACGUGUGUCACUUCCAGGCAGAAGUCCUUUGGAGCCAGUGAGAUGUGUCACAUUCCCUUCCCUUUGCCAUCAGUGACCAGGGGUGUCCCCAAGAGAGGAGACUUUGCCAGGCUGGGUCCCAUGUGAGGCCAACGUGGCGCAGAGCCCUCACCAACCAGUGAAUGACACACAGUGUGACUGAGAAAUAAACCUUUGGUGUUUGAA